GCAUGAUGCGAGCAACGUCCUCCGCCGCACCGCUUCGCCGAUCUGCUCGGCUGCUGAGCGCCACGACACCAUCCAAGACUCCUUCUAUACUUAAGGAAGUGAAGAAUGCUACCACCGUUGUUCGAGCCUCGACGAAGAAGCCAAGAGCAGCACCAGUCCUGUCGAAGUCCAAAACCGUCACUGCAACUCAAGCAGGCGAGGUGGCACCGGUGACGUUCAAGCGAGGCACGCUGUCACGCGAGUUCGAACAGCGCAUCUACAAAAAAGGGUUUUCAUGUGUGGUGGGUGUUGAUGAAGCAGGUCGCGGUCCAUUGGCCGGUCCUGUGGUCGCAGCAGCAUGCUGGAUUCCUCUGGAGGUCGAGAUCGACGGCAUCCACGACAGCAAACAGCUCAACGAAGCUCAGCGAGACCUGCUGUUUGAGAAAUUGACCACGCAUCCAGGCAUUCAAUAUGCAGUCCAUAAUAUCCCAAUGCAGGUGAAUAGCCAUACCCGCAUUGACGAAAUCAACGUCCUGCAGGCAACGUUGGAGUCCAUGACCAAGUCCGUGGAGGCGCUGACCGUGCAAGCCGACUACGCAUUGAUCGAUGGCAACAAGAUGCCGCCUCUGUCUAUCCAAGGCGAGUGUGUCAUCAAGGGCGACAGCAAAGUGUAUGCAAUUGCCGCCGCUUCCAUCAUUGCCAAGGUCACUCGAGACCGCCUCAUGGUCGUGUACGACAAGCAGUGGCCAGAGUACGGGUUUGCCCAGCACAAGGGAUAUGGCACCAGGAUGCACAUGGCUGCGAUUCACAAGCACGGCGCGACUCCCAUCCAUCGCAUGACGUUUGCGCCGUUAAACCAAUUGGAAUGACCAUCAUUGUUGGUCCUACCCUAGACACAUAAUGUAUGUGGCGAUUUGCAGUUAGAACUGUACUACGCAGUAAAUGAUUGGGCAAAAAUGGUCAUCCG